GGUGUCUAUUCCAGUGAAAAGAUGACAGGAGUUUUCUCAUACGAAAGUUCAGAAAUCGACUGGUGUGAAGACAACUACAGACACUCAGAACAUGUAGUGGAGUUUUUCAACACUACGAGCAGCUUUAUUUUCUUCAUUAUAUCUCCCAUCAUGCUCUACCUCCUGCACCCUUACGCCAAAGAGAGGAACCUGGCCGUUCACUUGGUCUGGAUCAUGAUGAUAUUUGUAGGGCUCUUCUCGGCGUACUUCCACAUGACCCUGAGUUUCGUUGGGCAGAUGCUGGAUGAGCUGUCUAUCCUGUGGGUGCUGGCGGUGGGAUAUGCCGUGUGGUUCCCCCGCAGGCUCUUCCCUUCUUUUAUAAAAGACAGGUCCACAUUUUCAAGCCUGGUGCUGGUGAUCACCGUCAUCAGCACAGUGUCGUCGUUUGUCAAACCGAUAGUCAACGCCUACGCUCUGAACUGCUUCGGCCUCCACCUAGUUUGCGUUCUGGGUGUCGAGAUGAGAUGCUGCAAUGACCAGAAGGUUCUGCGACUGGCCAAGCUGUCGGUGGCUCUGUGGGUGCUCGCCAUCUCCUGCUGGAUUAGUGACCGGUUUGGCUGCAGCUUUUGGCAAAGGCUAAACUUCUGCUACCUGCACGGUAUCUGGCACAUUCUGAUUGUGAUAGCUGUGGCCUACGGCAGCACCCUGAUAGCUUACCUGGAUGCCAACUAUGAGAUACCGUACUCACUGCCUGGACUGCAGUACUGGCCGUGUGAUAAGUGGGCUGUUGGAUUACCUCACAUUGUCUUGAAGGGCACUACCAAAACACAGAAACGGUGCUAACAAAGUAACACAAAAACGACCUGCUGUCACUCCCAGACUGAAUGUCUUUUAAUGCACAGAGUGAGACAACACAACAGCCGAAUCUAAGUUAGGGUUGUUUUCUGGUGCUGGAAAAGGAUUGUCUGCAUGGAUGGGCCUACUGGGCACAGGCCGAGGGGGCGAAGGAGUCAGGAGUCCCUAAAGGUGCUUAAACAGAACUAGUUUGUAUGAUCUCUUGUCCGAUCACAUCACAAAUCAAAAGUAUUCAUUAUAUUUGAUUCUGAGUUUCUGCCCACACUAAUUUUUAUUCUUUUUUCGUGUAUGAGACCAGACAUUUUACAGUAAUAAUAAUGACUGCAGAGAGUUAAUACAAACCUGUAUCUUCACAAAAUGUUUAUUUAUCAUCUAUGUGUCAAACUUAAAAAUAUAAUAUACUGUAUAUGUACAGCACAUUUAAAUAUACCCAUUAUUUAUGUGUUCAGAUUGAUGGCUUGAUUCUUUUAUCCUACAGAUGAAUAUUUCAUAUGGCAGAACAUAUGGUAAUAUUGCUUGAACUGAAACAUUUGCCCUUUGUUUCUCUUUUUAAGAUACACUUGUGUUUUUGAUGGGAAAAUGUAGAUAUAUAUGAACACACACACACACACACACAGAACUACAUAUAGGCAGCCUGAAUGACUGAGAAAAUAAGUGUUAUUGAGUUUGUUUUUGACAGUUAAGCAUGUAUAUUUUUAUUGUGCUGUGUUUCUUUUAUUUUCAAUAUAUGAAUACACAUUUGAUUCUGUACAUG